GAAAUCUCGGCGGGAUAGCGGGACGCGACCUCACCUUCCCCGGGGAGGUGCCCGCCGUUACCUGGCUGCAGCCAGAGCUCGCGGCUCCAGGUGCAGGGCAGAGCCUGGAGUGGACCCCGACCCGCAGAGGGGGCUGCCGGCGCCGGGGUGAAGGGGGAGCCGCUGAGUCGCGGGCAGCCGGCGCCGCCCCCUUGCCUCGCGGGGAGCCGGGUUGCCAUUGUAGCCGAGCUUUUAUCAGCGUGUAGUCCCGCAGGAACUGAAUUCUGGCUCACGCCCACCUCGGGUUGGCUCCAGAGGGCCCGCCUGCUGCCCAGCCGCCCUCGCGGACCCCAGCUGCUGUUGCUUGCGCGCGGACCCCGGUCCCCCUGGCCCCGGGAGGAACUUGCUGGCCCGGGCAGGAGUGGACCCAGCGCUGAAGUCACACUGACCGUGGACUCGGAAGCCGCUGCUUUGGACCCACAGAAGGACAUCACCAACCUGCCCACCCCCACCAGCCCUCAAGCACGUGACGCUGCCGAAAUUGCCGGGCGCAGCCGCUAGAAUGUUCGUCAUGAAGGCCGCUCCAGUGGCGGCUCUCAGAUCCAAAUGGGAGCCGUUCGGCCCGCCGGGCACCUGCAGGCUCCCGGGGUGCUUCCCAGAGCCCCCCGAAGCCGUGGCUAGCGCCUCGGUGAGCGCCAGAGUGCAAAUGAUCAUUAGCUCGCUGCAGCAAGGCGUGAGCCAGGAGCCGCCCGCCACACUCCGGAGCCACAGGGCGGAGCGGGGCCGUGAGCCCAGACCAGCUGGCCGCCCCUCUGCCCACCGAGGGCAGCCCCUGCUUGCCGCCACCAGCCCCCAGGAGCCCUCGGCGCUGGAUUCCGACAGCGACGAUUCUGUGGACCGUGACAUCGAGCAGGCCAUUCAGGAGUACCUGCGGGCCAAGGGCGGAGCCGGCGGCAGGUACAGAGCACAGCCUGCGAGGCCCAGCACCCAGGCUCCUCCAAAACUCACAGCCAACCCCGGCGGCCAGACGGGCGAGGAGGGCAGCGAGGCCCAGGGCUCCGCGUCCCCCGUGAGCGUGAGCAGCGACGACUCCUUCGAGCAGGGCAUCCGGGCCGAGAUCGAACGCUUUCUAAGUGAGAAGAAGCUGCAGGAAGCACCCAGGUGGGUCCGGCCGGAGGAGCAGGGAGCAGAGCCCAGCGAGGCCCCUGCCAGGGCGACGCCCAAGCCCGGCAGGGAGCCGCCCGCCAAAGCAGUGCCGCGGCAGGACCCCACGGCGGCCUCCAAGGAAUUCGUCUUCCGCAAACCUCCCCGGUGGGCCAAGGUGAAUGGGCAGCCCAGGGGCCUCCGGGCGAAGGGCACGGCUGCGCCCGAGGCCAGGCUACCGGCCCCCAGGCCCGAGGCAGCACCUCACAGAGGUAGCUCUGGCCAGAGGCCCCCGCGCACCCAGAGUGUGGCUGCAGCCCAGCGGGCAUCCGACUCGAGCAGCGACGACGGCAUCGAGGAGGCCAUCCAGCUGUACCAGCUGGAGAAGAGUCGGAGGGAGGCUGGCACGGGCCUGGCUGUUGACAGCGCCAGGAGCGCCUUGGCCGAGGCACCGCGGAGGACGCCCGCCAGGAAGAAGCCUGGCUUCGGGAAAGCCACCGACUCGCCGAGCCCGGACGCUGAGCAGCCGGCCAAGCUCCCAAAGGCUGGCAAGGCCGUCCCAGCCCCCGGAGAGCCAGCAGCCAGGAGCCAGGCUGCGGGGCGGCCCUGCGGCCGCACGGACGUGCCCACUGAGCUGCUGUGCCCCGAGCCCAUCCUGCCCGGCCCUGCGGAGCCUGGCAGCGCCCCCUGCCCGCCGCCCCCUGCCGAGCCCAGCCACCCCGACGGCGACGGCAGCGCCGUGGACAGCGACGACAGCAUCGAGCAGGAGAUACGGAGCUUCCUGGCCCUCAGGAUGCAGGCCGGGCAUCCGCUCACCAGAGCCGAGAGCGGCCUGCAGCCCACCCAGGGUCCCCCCAGCCAGCCCCUGCCCUCGAAAAGCCAGGACCGGUCACCGCACUGCAGGAGGAGGCGCGGCCCCGGAUGCGGCACCACAAGGCCCUUGGCGUCCAGGAAAGCCAGGGAAAUGAAGGACGGUGGCCAGGGUCGGGCACACCCCGCGCUGCAGCCGCCUGGUGAGACCUGCAGACAGCCUGUCCCCGCCAGGGCAGCCGGACUCGGGGACGCCCAUGGGCCCCAAGGCCACGAGAAGGCGGAGGAGAAGGAGAGCUCUGAGGACAAGAGCAGCUCACUGGACAGCGAUGAGGACCUGGACACAGCCAUCAAGGACCUGCUGAGGUCCAAGAGGAAGGCCCGGAGGCGAGGCCGGGACCCCCGGGCCUCGGGCCAGAAGAAGGUCCGGUUCGGCACGGCCGAGACCCAGAGCUGGGACAAGCUGGGCAGCGCCCGGGGCGGCCGGAGAGAAAGCCCGCAGGUGCUCAGGAGCUGCCUGUCCCCGUGUCGGAGGGACUGCACCGCCGGCCCGCCCAGAAGGGCCCCCGGCGCCGACAGAGGCACGCCCGACGCCGCUGUGCCAGGCGAGGGCACGCUCCCGGCCACCCGGCUGCGGAGCCGAGCCCCCAGAGGCAGCCCGCGCGUCUGCGAGGCCGAACCCAGAGACCGGCCACGGCCGGACGCUGGCCCCCGCACCUCGUCCGACGACACCAGCUCUGUGGACAGCGAUGACAGCAUCGAGCUAGAAAUUAGAAAGUUCUUAGCAGAAAAGGCCAAGGAGUCGUCCUCGGUGGGCUCGGCCGAGGCACAGGGUGGUGAGCCGGGGGCGCCGGCCCCGCAGCCUGGCAUGUGCACACGCAGCCGGAGGGCCAGGGCUGCCCUGCCAGCAGCUGGGGUGCAGAGCGCAGCCACCCUGCUCGCCCAAGGCGGGAAGGGCACCCCCUUCGCGGAGCUGGCCGCCACCCUGGCUGGAUGCGAGCCGGCAGCUCCGCGGCUCACGGGCGGCGUGGUUACUGCAAAGGCUUGCCCCGGGGGCAGGAACAGCGCCUACAGAGACCAGAGCCCGCGAGGGGCCGAGCCUGCCGCCGCCGACACCUGCCAGACACCCAAAGCCCCCACCUUCCCUGGGAACUUGGGGAGCCAGGGCCUGCUGAGCCCCAGCCCGGGGCCUCAGGCCGACCUCACCCUGCCCUGGAGUGACUUUGGCCGCCCGGGGCGUCUGCCCAGCCCCUGGCCGCUGAACUCGGAGGGCAGGGGCCCAGCGUGGACCACAGGCCUCAGAACUGAGAGCGAGAAGGGGGCUGAGGGGUCGGCCCGGGGCUCCACCAGCCUGGCACUGGACCCUGGGAAGAGCCUGGCCUUCGGUGGCUUCUCCCCGCUGUUGUCCACCCAGCUCUUCCAGUUCGGAAGGGGCGUCUCCUGGGGCAAGCACGCCGGCCUCUUCAGCACCCAGCUGGGGUUGCCCCCGCACAGCCCGCCCUUCGCGGCCUUCGGGGCGGCCCAGGCCAGGCCCAGCCCGGUGUUCGGAGGCCCUCACCUGCUCCUGAGGAAGGAAGGUGGGUCCUGGCCGGGCAGGAGGCCCCCCGCCGGGCUCAGCUCCCACGACGGGAGGAGCAUGGACCUGCGGUACCGGCGUGAGGCCGUGGACGCCGACGGGCAGGACCAGGAGGCCUUGGGCAGCGAUGCCAGCGAGGGCAGCGAUGUGUCCGUGGAGGGUGGCGUGGGGUGAGGCCUGAGGGGCAGUGGGAGUGUGCGCCCGUCUGCGUGGGGAGCGCGCAGCCCUGCACAUGUGACCAUGAACACGAGGUGAGGUUUUUAUUUAGCACAAGCAUCCUGGUGAAGAUUUUGUUUGUAGUUCUUUGUAAAUUAUUGAAAAUGCUGUAAAAAGUAUUUUUGGAAAACACAGUAGUGGACUUUUGUAGCUGCAGCUUUCUGGGUCCCUCCGAGGGGGCUUCACGUAGCACACGGCUCUGGCCGGGCCCGCUGAGGGGACGACUGGUGGCCGCACCUGCAGGCCCCCCGCCCACCCCCCAGGAUGGGCAGGUGGGCAGGGACCUGUGGACAAGCUGCUGGGACGGCGGCUUUUCUGUAAGGCCCCUCCUCCUGAUCCCAUCCCCCGCCCAGUUCACAGCACACAGGCCGCCUCGUAGGCACUGGGCCACCGGGCCGGCCAGGCCCCUGCACAGACCUCGGCGCCCCACCCAGCACUGGAUCCGUGGGCCUGGAGCCCAGGCAGCAGCUACAUCCAUGCCGUAGCCCCAGCCAAGGCCACUGCAGCCAGCAUCUGCCGGGCUGGAGCCCUCCAGAGAGUGUGUGUG